GAUAAAGUAACAGAGGAGAGGGUCCAGAGGCUGAAGCAGAGGUUCAUGUCAGCCUAUGAUGUCACCGCAGACGGACGCCUGCAGAUCCAGGAGUUGGCCAUGAUGAUCCUGCCACAGGACGAGAACUUCCUCCUGGUGUUCCGCAGGGAAGCACCUCUGGAUAACAGUGUAGACUUUAUGAAGAUCUGGAGAAAGUAUGAUGCUGACAGCAGUGGAUUCAUAUCAGCUGUGGAGCUGAAGGGUUUCCUGAAGGACUUGUUCCAGCAGCACGGGAAGGCUGUGUCCUCCAGCAAACUGGACGAGUACACAGACGCAAUGAUGAACAUUUUUGACAAAAAUAAGGAUGGUCGCUUGGAUCUGAACGAUUUGGCCAGGAUCCUGGCUCUAGAAGAGAAUUUCAUGCUACAGUUCCAAAUGGAUGCCUCAAGUCAAGAAGACAGAAAGAGAGACUUUGACAAAAUAUUCAACCACUAUGAUGUUAGUAACACCGGAGCUUUGGAAGGACCAGAGGUGGAUGGCUUUGUAAAAGACAUGAUGGAACUGGUCAGGCCCAGCAUCACUGGUCCAGAGCUGGACAAACUGAGGGCUGUGCUGCUGGGACACUGUGACGUCAACAAAGAUGGAAAGAUCCAGAGGAAUGAGCUGGCGCUGUGCCUGGGAAUGAAGCCCAAAAAGGCCUAGUCUUCCCCGUACAGAGAAGCCCUCUACUACUGACCCUUCCCUUCACUCUGAGACAUCCAGAACACCCAGAACUUUAUGUCCAAUCUUCAAAAACAAAGAUGACAAAGACAACAGCUGCCAGUGUUUUAGCAUGUUGUGGAACAAGCACUGUUCUGAAUGAUAUCAAUUGUGUUUUCUUGUGAUAGAUUCAAAUUAAUACAGAAUAAUACAGGUAGCCUACUGGUAAAUUAAUACAGAAUAAUACAGGUAGUCUACUGGUAAAUUAAUACAGAAUAAUACAGGUAGUCUACUGGUAAAUUAAUACAGAAUAAUACAGGUAGCCUACUGGUAAAUUAAUACAGAAUAAUACAGGUAGUCUACUGGUAAAUUAAUACAGAAUAAUACAGGUAGUCUACUGGUAAAUUAAUACAGAAUAAUACAGGUAGUCUACUGGUAAAUUAAUACAGAAUAAUACAGGUAGUCUACUGGUAAAUUAAUACAGAAUAAUACAGGUAGCCUACUGGUAAAUUAAUACAGAAUAAUACAGGUAGCCUACUGGUAAAUUAAUACAGAAUAAUACAGGUAGUCUACUGGUAAAUUAAAGUGUAUCUAUCUGAGAAAGCAGGAGAAUGCUCAAUGUUCCAGACUGUGUUGUGAAUGAUGCUUUGUUUUGUUGGCCUGGCCAUAGCUGGCGAUUGGGCAAUUUGCAUGUAAGUGCAGUACUGUAUUGUACAUUAGGUGAGUUGCUGUUUUUAAUAUUAUAUGAUGAUGUUUAACAAUGAUAAUUAAAUCAAGAAUAGUGGCA